AUGAAACGCAGGAAAGAUGAAUGUGAGAACAAAACUCCUAAAUCUCCACAAUUUCCAAACUUAGAGAAGAAAUUUCGGAUAACUCCAUCUUCUGAAAAGGAGAAUCCACCACAACCAUUUAUUGGAUCUAAAAAUACAGUCCCUAUUAAAUCUGCAUUUCGUGCAGUGUUGAAGGAUAUUACAAAUACCACUGAAAAUAAUAAAAGUGUUAGCAAAUCUACACAACAGCCACAGAGAAGGUCAGCACAUGAAAAAAAUGGGACAAAAAUUCCUUUAACAUCAUCCACUUCAAGAAAAGAACUCCAUGGCAAAGUAAUUGUUUCUUCAACUUAUCCUUCUGUGGAUAACAAUACUAUCAGUAAAUUCAGAGAUUUAGACAACACAUCUGAUCAAGAAGAGAACUCGGAACUUGAGGAUUUUGAAAGUGAUGAUUCAGAAGCUGAAUAUGAACAACAAGUCUUUGAUUGUAGUAGUCAAGAAGAUGAACCUCAUGACCCAUCUGAUGCUAUUGAGUCUGACUCUGAUUCAGAGCCGAUUACACAAACCAUUGAAGAUAAACAUAAAGAGGCUAAAUGUCGUUAUGAUUUCCUAAACCUUUUUGAUGAGGCUAUUCAAAAGGUGUUUGGUAAACCUAAUUCAACUGUGAAGGACAAUAUCAAUUUGAAGGAGAAACAGAAGACGAAAAACACAAAAGACGCUUAUGAAGAUGACGGUGAUCCUGUCCACACAUGUAAGGAUUGUGGUGCUAUUUUCUGGUAUGGAGGUAAAGUUGAUCGUUCAGUAAAGAAAGGUCGAGGUCCUUCUAUGUUUGCUCUGCAAGGCGAAAAUUAUCAUCUAAUGGGUUCUUUGAAACCAAAACCUGGCGACUAUCCAAAGUUUCAACAGUUAUAUAUUGUUGAUACUGAAAAUGAAGUAGCAAACCGAAUGAAUAUAAUGAGUAAAGGUAAAGAUGAUGAGAAUCCAUCUGAAAAGAGAAAGUUCAAAAAGGAAAUUGUUGAAAAACUGCAGAAGAUGUUGAAUGAAAUAAAUCCUUACGUACAGCAUUUUCGUUAUGCAAGAGAUAGGUUUGCUUUGGAAAAAGAAAAAGCAAAUUUCCAUAUGCGAAUCGUCUCUACACGUGAGAAAGAUGGCACCAAAUAUAAUUUGCCUACUGCUUCUGAAGUUGCUGCAUUGAUACCUGGAGAUUUCCAUACCGAAAUGAAUAAGCGUGAUAUAGUGGUUGAAAUGCAAUCUGGUAAGUUGAAAAGGAUUCAUGAGUGUCAUAUAUCUUAUCUUGCUUUGCAAUAUCCUCUUUUAUUUCCACUCGGUGAAGAUGGAUACACAUUGGGUUUGAAAAAGAGGGUUAAAAAAGGAUCAAAGAAGAAGAAGCGAAAGGAUAUAAGUAUGAGGCAGUGGUACGCGUAUAGGCUACACGAGAGGAAAGAUGAGAAACAUAUAUUAUUCCGGUCUAAGCGUUUAUUUCAGCAGUUCUUGGUUGAUACGUAUACUAUGAUUGAGUCUAAUCGUCUCCGGUACCUAAAAAAAAACCAGAAGAAAUUAAGGAGUUCAAACAUAGAGGAGAUUCAGCUCGCAGCGGAUGAAGGAGAAGAUGAUCUCACAAAUCGUGGUAACAGAGUUGUUAUUCCACCUUCUUUCACCGGUGGACCAAGUUAUAUGAGGCAAAAUUAUUUGGAUGCUAUGGCUACAUGUAAACAUUUCGGUUUCCCAGACCUUUUUAUAACCUUCACUUGCAAUGCUAAGUGGCCAGAAAUCACAAGAUUCGUCAAUCAGAGGAAUUUGAAAGCUGAUGAUCGACCGGACAUCAUUUGCAGAAUUUUUAAGCUGAAACUAGAGAAGUUUAUGGAUGAUUUAACUAAGAAACAUAUAUUGGGGAAAACAGUUUCAGCUAUUUAUCAGAUUGAGUUUCAGAAAAGAGGUCUUCCUCAUGCUCAUAUUAUUGUUUGGAUGGAUAAAAAACAUAAGUUCCCAACAGCCGAUCAUAUUGACAAGAUAAUUUCUGCUGAAAUUCCAGAUAAAGAUGAAGAUCCAGAACUCUACGAAGUUGUCAAAGAAUGUAUGAUUCAUGGUCCCUGUGGAAGUGCGAAUAUGAACUCUCCGUGUAUGGUUGGAGGAAAAUGUUCAAAGUUCUAUCCUAAGGAGUUUGUUGAUACAACAAACUUAGACAGAGAUGGAUAUCCAAUUUAUAGGAGGAGGGAUGAUGGUCGUUUUAUAGAGAAGAAUGGUUUCAAGUGCGACAAUACAUAUGUCGUCCCAUACAACAGAAAACUUUCUCUAAAGUACCGAGCUCACAUUAACGUGGAAUGGUGUAACCAAACUGGAUCGGUCAAGUACUUAUUUAAGUAUGUGCACAAAGGUCAAGAUCGUGUUACUGUAUCUGUUGAGGCAGGUCAAGAAGAGGAUGAAACAGAGUAUACCUCCGACGGUGUCAAUAUUAACUCAUCCAAAAAAAAGGAUGAUGUUCAAGAUUUCUUUGACUGCAGAUAUGUUUCCGCAUGUGAAGCUUUCUGGAGGACGAAUCAGUAUCCUAUACACUAUAGAACAACACCUGUUGUCAAACUUACAUUUCAUGAGGAAGGAAAGCAACCUGUUUUCUACAAAGAUGGCGACAAGCCAACUACCGUAUUAAAUCGCCCAACUCUUGAUCACACGAUGUUUACCGCUUGGUUUGAGUUGUGUCUAAGGGAUGAGGAAGCAAGAAAGCUUACAUAUGAACAGAUUCCAAAUAAAUACAUCUAUGAUAAAAAGGAGAAAGAGUUUCGUCCGAGAGGUAGAACUGGUUUCUCUAUUGGGCGAAUCAAUUAUGUGCCACAUAAUUUAGAAGAUUCAUACCAUCUUCGAAUUCUCAUAAACAGCAAAAAAGGUCCUACCAGUUUCAACGACAUUAAAACUGUCAAAGGUGUUCUUUAUAAAACCUAUAAAGAGGCAUGCUUCGCUCUAGGUUUGCUAGAUGAUGACAAAGAGUAUAUUGAAGGCAUAAAGGAAGCUAAUUUUUGGUGUUCAUCAAAGUUUUGUCGUAGACUUUUUGUGAUAAUGCUUAUAUCUGAAAGUUUAACUUCUCCUAAAACUGUAUGGGAAGAAACAUGGAAAAUCCUUUCAGAAGAUAUUGAGAGAAAAGAAAAACAGAGGAGACAACGUCCAGACACGGAAAAAAAGAAAUUGCUACUAAGAGAGUUACAGAAGCUAAUGAAAAGAAAUGGAUGUUCAUUGCAAAAAUACAAGCUUAUGCCACACAUAUCUCUUGAAGAUGUAACAUUGCCUAAUCAGUUGAUACUGGAUGAACUCAACUACAACCGUGAGGAUUUAGCAAAGAAACAUGAUGGUUGGAAAAAGAUGCUAACAGAAGAACAGAAGAAGAUCUAUGAUGAGAUAAUGGAAGCUGUAAUCAAUGACAAAUGUGGUGUAUUUUUUUUAUAUAGAUUUGGAGGAACAGGGAAAACAUUUUUGUGGAAAGCAUUGUCUGCAGCAAUAAGAUCAAACGGUCAUAUUGUUCUCAAUUCGGCAUCUAGCGGUAUUGCCUCUCUACUACUGGAAGGAGGAAGAACAGCUCACUCUAGGUUUGCCCUUCCUUUAAAUCCAAAUGAAACUUCUACUUGCAACAUGUCAAGGAGCUCAGAACUUGGUGCGUUGGUUAAAGAAGCAAAGUUAAUCAUAUGGGAUGAAGCUCCAAUGAUGAGUAAAUACUGCUUUGAGACAUUAGACAGAAGCUUGAAAGAUAUUAUGAGGAGUAAAGAAGACAAAUUGUUCGGAGGAAAAGUUGUCCUUUUUGGAGGUGAUUUCAGACAAAUUCUUCCCGUUAUUGUUGGCGCAGGAAGGGAAGCGAUUGUCAAUGCAUCAUUAAACUCUUCAUACUUAUGGAAUCAGUGCAAAGUUUUAAGAUUGACAAAGAAUAUGAGGUUGCUUCAAGACAUUGGUAAACAAGAGGCCAGCGAGAUAGAAGAGUUUUCUAAAUGGAUACUCGCAGUUGGAGAAGGAAAAAUUAAUGAGCCUAAUGAUGGUGUGUGUGAAAUAGAUAUCCCACAAGAGUUACUUAUUCCAGAGGGUUCCUCUCCGUUAGAGUCAAUCAUUGAAGCUGUUUACGGAAAGAACUUUGCCACUCAAAAAGAUCCUAAAUUUUUCCAAGAACGAGCUAUUCUUUGCCCUACGAAUGAAGAUGUCAAUUCUAUCAAUGAUGUCAUGUUAUCAAGUCUAAACGCUGAAGAAAGAAUUUAUCUAAGUUCUGAUUCAAUUGACCCUCAAGAUAAACGUGCUCUGAAAAAUAAAGUUUACUCACCAGAUUUUCUAAAUACCAUUAAGGUUUCGGGUAUACCUUAUCAUAGGCUUCGUUUGAAAAUAGGUUGUCCAAUUAUGUUAAUGAGAAAUAUUGAUCCGCAUGGUGGUUUAAUGAAUGGUACAAGACUGCAGAUCACCCAAAUGGCGGACCAUGUUUUGCAAGCUCGGAUUUUAACUGGUACGCGAGUUGGUAAGAUAGUUCUCAUCCCUAGGAUGUUGAUAUCACCAUCAGAUACUAGGUUGCCUUUCAAAAUGCGCCGAAGACAGUUCCCAGUGUCAGUUGCUUUUGCAAUGACUAUCAAUAAGAGUCAAGGUCAAUCUCUGGAAAAUGUUGGUAUAUACUUGCCUAGACCCGUUUUCUCCCAUGGUCAGUUAUAUGUAGCAAUGUCAAGAGUUAAAUCAAAGUCUGGAUUGAAGAUGUUGAUAACAGAUGCUGAGGGAAAACCUCAAACAAAGACCACCAAUGUUGUUUUUAAAGAAGUUUUCCAAAAUCUUCACUAG